AUGUUGGGGAUCUGCGGGUGGAGAUUUUCUCUUUUGGUCUGGCGCUGGUUGGCAAUGUUUUUUUCCCCUUGGGGCAUGGUUGUUUUUGCGAGUUCGCUAUUGGUGCUUGUUGAACCCCUGGCAUUUCUGGAAGGGGCCCAGCGAAGGCGACCCCCAAAUUGUGUCCCAAAAUCCCAAUUGUUGGGGGAACCGACAUUUACCGUCGACGUCGACGUGUCCCGGCAAAGCUCAUCGGCGGCGGCAUUGCUGGUGGAAGGGAAGGCCGGGGUCUAG